ACUUCACAUCGGUUGACCCAUAACUACCAUUUUCUCCAGCAAUCAAAAAGAAACAGAGCAAAAAAAUGGCUCCAACAAAGGCUGUGGCUGAUCACAAAUCCAUAGCUAAGAAGGAAGAGGAAGUAGAGUUGAGGAAGAGAAACGAGGAGUUGGAGAGAGAGCUGAAGCAGAGCAGGGAAAGAGAGGAGGUGAUGAGAAAGCAGUUAACAAAGGCAUGGGAGAGGCUAAAGGUGGUUGAAGAGGCUGAGGAGAGGCUAUGCUCCCAGCUGGGAGAGCUAGAGGCAGAGUCCGUUAAUGAGGCCCGUGCUUACAACGCCCGCAUCCUCUCCCUCAUGGACCAGCUUUCCAAGGCUAACCUUGUCGUCAACAGCCACCGCUCCCCUACACCCCUCUCCAUUCUUUGAUCUAUGUUUUCUUUUUCUUUUAUGUUUUUCCAAUUGCUUUAUAGAAAAUAUUUCUGGCUUCUGCUUUUGUAUGAUGUUUUAUAUGUAACAAAGGCGUGAGGCUUCUGAAUCCGUUUGUGAAUGAAUGAAACCGUAUAUAUAUAUAUAUGGUUAAGAAGAGCUGAAGUAGCUUACUAACAA